GCAGUGUGAUCCGGCUGAUCAUGCAGUACCUGAAGGAGAACAGCCUCCACCGAGCCCUGGCCACCCUUCAGGAGGAAACUACGGUGUCCCUCAACACUGUGGACAGUAUUGAGAGUUUUGUGGCUGACAUCAACAGUGGGCAUUGGGACACUGUGCUGCAAGCCAUACAGUCGCUGAAGCUGCCCGACAAGACUCUCAUUGAUCUCUACGAGCAGGUUGUGCUGGAGUUGAUUGAGCUCCGGGAACUAGGUGCUGCCAGGUCUCUGCUGAGACAAACAGAUCCCAUGAUCAUGCUAAAACAAACUCAACCAGAGCGGUACAUCCACCUCGAAAACCUUCUGGCCAGAUCUUACUUUGAUCCUCGUGAGGCAUACCCAGAUGGAAGUAGCAAAGAGAAGCGGAGAGCUGCUAUUGCACAAGCUUUAGCUGGAGAAGUCAGCGUGGUACCUCCGUCUCGUCUUAUGGCAUUGUUGGGACAGGCACUGAAAUGGCAGCAGCAUCAGGGCCUGCUUCCUCCUGGUAUGACAAUUGACUUGUUCAGAGGCAAAGCAGCUGUGAAGGAUGUAGAAGAAGAAAAAUUCCCCACACAGCUGAGCAGACAUAUUAAGUUUGGGCAGAAGUCGCAUGUGGAGUGUGCUCGGUUUUCCCCAGAUGGACAGUAUCUGGUUACUGGCUCUGUCGAUGGUUUCAUUGAAGUAUGGAACUUCACUACUGGAAAGAUUAGGAAGGAUCUGAAGUACCAGGCACAAGAUAAUUUUAUGAUGAUGGAUGAUGCAGUGCUGUGCAUGUGCUUCAGUAGAGACACAGAAAUGCUAGCAACUGGUGCACAAGAUGGAAAGAUCAAGGUGUGGAAAAUCCAGAGCGGUCAGUGUCUGAGAAGAUUUGAACGAGCUCACAGUAAAGGUGUUACAUGCCUCAGUUUCUCUAAAGACAGCAGCCAAAUUCUUAGUGCUUCUUUUGAUCAGACAAUCAGGUAA